AUGACUGAAUCCAGACAAGAUAUUAUUGAUCAUUUUCAAUCCAUCACAAAUUGGUUAAGUAAUGAUGAAGUAGUCAAUCAUCUCGAUCGACAUAAUUGGAACUUGAACAAUGCUAUACAUGAUUUUAUUAUGGAAAGCAAUUUUCAUAAGAACUCUAGUUUGGAUCAAUUAAUAAUAUUAUGUUUAUUUACUAAUAAUCACAUGAAAAAAGAAUUCAGAUGGGAAUUACCGAUUGAAAACAAUCAAAUUCAUAAUCAAAUUAGAAGAUCUGGAUCAGAUCUCGAUAUAAAUCCAGCCACUAAUGAACAUGAUCAUGAGCAAUGGCAAGUUUCAAAUGAUUCAUCUGAUUCUUCAAUAAACCAUCGAACUUUUCAUAAUCAAGUGCAAAACAUAAAACAUGAUCUUUCUCAAAUUACAUCCACUAAUUUAGUAGCAUAUCAUGGUUCUUUUCUUGGUUUUUUAUUAUCAAAUAACAAUUUAACAUCUCCUUCAACUUCAAAUGUGCAAGAUGAUGAGAAAAUAAGUCUAUUGCAAUACAUCGAUAAUAACAUUAUCGGUAAAGAUUAUAUAAUCAAUGGACCAUGGGGACCUCGACAAAUGAUAUAUGCAGACUAUACAGCAUCUGGAAGAUCUCUUCAAUUUAUUGAAAAUUAUAUACAACAAUAUGUCAUACCAGCAUAUGCUAAUACACAUAGUGAAAAUAAUGCUUGUUCAUUGCAAACAACAAAAUUUCGUGAAGAAGCACGAACAUUAAUUAAAAAAUCUGUUAAUGCAACUGAUGAUGAUGUACUCAUAUUUGCUGGAACCGGAUCAACGGGUUCUAUUAAUAAACUUGUGAAUAUUUUACAUUUAAAUGAUGAAGAAAAUCAAAAUAAAACUGUUGUAUUUAUCAGUGCAUUUGAACAUCAUUCAAAUAUUUUACCAUGGAAAGAAACAGGAAUUGAUGUUAUACGUAUUCCUUAUGAUAAACAAGGUCUUCUUGAUCAAUAUGUAUUAAAAGAACAAUUAAAAUAUUAUCAUGAUGAAAUUAAAAAACAUAUCAUUUGUACAUUUAGUGCUGCAAGUAAUGUAACUGGUAUUCGAACUGAUGUUGAUGCUGUUUCAAGACUUGUUCAUCAAUAUCAUGGUUGGAUGUUUUGGGAUUAUGCAGCAGCAGCACCUUAUGUUAAAAUUGAUAUGAAUGCAUCAGAAAUGGCUUAUAAAGAUGCUAUUUUUAUUUCUACACAUAAAUUUGUCGGAGGUCCAGGUACACCAGGUAUUCUCGUUGUCAAAAAACAUCUGUUUCACAAUCGUGUUCCAUGUGGAUGUGGUGGUGGUACAGUUAAUUUUGUAACUCGAACAAAUGUUGAAUAUAUUCAUGAUAUCGAAAUACGUGAAGAAGGUGGAACACCAGAUAUUAUUGGAUCCAUUCGAGCUGGUUUAGUUUUUCAAUUAAAAGAAUGUGUUGGUUAUGCAAUUAUUGAAAAACGUGAAGAUGAAUUAGUUGAAAAAUUUUUUCGAUAUUUUUCAAAAACAAAUUCAUUAAUUGUGCUUGGUUCACAAAAGAUUCCUCGUCUUGCAAUUUUUUCAUUUUUAAUAUAUGUACCAAUGAUUAAAAAAUAUUUACAUUAUAAUUUUGUUUCUUCACUAUUAAAUGAUUUAUUUGGUAUUCAAGUGCGAUCAGGUUGUGCUUGUGCUGGACCUUAUGUUUUAGAUUUACUUGGUAUCGAUGAUAAGACAGCAGAAAUUUUUACAAUGUUUUUGACAGAAGAUUCAAACGCUCGAAUUGAUAAAGAAAACAAUAAGUUAGAAAGAAAUAUUUUAAUGAAACCUGGUUUUACUCGUCUUAAUUUAUCAUAUUUUGCAAGUGAUAAAGAAAUUGAUUAUAUUUUGAAUGCUAUAGAAUUUCUUGCAAUACAUGGUUGGAAAUUUUUACCAUUGUAUACAUAUGAACCUUCGACAGGCGUUUGGCAUCAUCGAGAUACAUCUGUUAAAGAUCAGUCAUCAAAUUAUUAUAGUUUAAAACAGAUUAAUUAUGAACAUGGACAUAUGAAACCGACUAAUUCGGAAUCUAAUAAACACAUGCAACUUCUAUAUCAAUCAAGAGAUACUUCUAUGUCAAAUGAUCUUUUUCAUGAAGCUGAAUUAGUUGCAAAUGAUACUGCAAAACAAGUUAUUGAUUAUCAAAAAGAUCCUCAAUUAAAUGUUUUAGAUAAAUACAAAGAUUUCAUUUGGUUUGCUUUACCGAAAAAUAUUGUUGAAAUGGAAGGAUAUGUUACAGAUAAUAAGACAUUGUUUCGGUCGCUUGCGUGUCAUGAUAAUAAUUAA